CGUCAUCUGAAAAGCGACGAAGCUACAAAUAACGAGGGGAAAGGACCUGCUCUUACUAUUUGUCUUGAAGACAAUCUGGGCCUGAUGAUGCCUAGACUGCUGUUGGAACUAAGGAGGUAAAGUCGUAUUGAAUCACCAGUGGUGUGGAAAAACUUCAAGGACUUCCUGGUGCCUGGUGCUGUGAGUGAAAGAAAUGAGUGGUGGAUUAGCACCAAGUAAAAGCACUGUGUAUGUAUCCAACUUGCCUUUUUCUCUGACAAACAAUGACUUAUACAGGAUAUUUUCCAAAUAUGGAAAAGUUGUAAAGGUUACUAUUAUGAAAGACAAAGAUACCAGGAAGAGUAAAGGUGUUGCAUUUAUUUUGUUUUUGGAUAAAGAAUCAGCACAAAACUGUUCGAGAGCACUAAACAAUAAGCAGUUAUUUGGGAGAAUGAUAAAAGCAAGCAUUGCUAUUGACAAUGGAAGAGCUGCUGAGUUCAUCCGAAGGCGCAACUACUUUGAUAAAUCUAGGUGUUAUGAAUGUGGAGAAACAGGUCAUCUAAGUUAUGCUUGUCCUAAAAAUGUGCUUGGAGAACGUGAACCACCAAAAAAGAAAGAAAAGAAAAAAAGAAAGAAAAUUAUUGAACUGGAAGAAGAAAUUGAAGAAGUGGAAGAAAGUGAAAAUGAAGGAGAAGACCCUUCUCUUGAUAGCCUCAGCCAAGCCAUAGCUUUCCAGCAAGCCAAAAUUGAAGAAGACCAACAAAAAUGGAAGUCCAGUGCAGGGGAACCCUCAACAUCAGAUGAUUCAAGACGCCCAAGAAUUAAAAAAAGUGCAUAUUUCAGUGAUGAGGAAGAACUUAGUGACUGAAAUUGAUUUAUUAUGUACAUAUUAUUUAAAUAUAAAAAUGUUAAAGCACAGUAUAAUCAGUGUUAAAAUUACCAUUGGAAUUUUGAAUAUAAGGAACAUGUAACCAACCAGUUUUACACCUUAAAACUAGGACUACAAAGUUUACUUUCAUAGGAAUCCAAAAAAAUAAUUUAGAGAUAUCAUGUUUCUGAAUUUGUUUUAAUAAAAUAAUAAAAAUCCAAUUUCGCUUCUAAAACCAUACCUAAAUGCAACCUAACCAGUUGUAUUCAGUAACAAGAAAACUAAAUUGCUAUAUUGUCAUGAUGCCACUGCAGAUAUGCAUUAAAGUAUUAAGAAGCUACUAAAAAGUUAAAGCCUUCUUCAUGUUUCACAUGUCGACUUGAAUACUUCUUAAAUCUAAUUUUAAACAAAAGUUUCCUAAAAAUUAAAGAAAGUCAGUGACUUAAUUGUAUUUAGAAAUGUUCUUUACUAAAGUAUCCAAAAUAAUUUUUUUAAGAAUGAAUGGGGGCGGGGCAGCUAGGUGGCACAGUGGAUAGAGCACCGGCCCUGGAGUCAGUAGUACCUGAGUUCAAAUCCGGCCUCAGACACUUAACACUUACUAGCAGUGUGACCCUGGGCAAGUCACUUAAUCCCAAUUGCCUCACCAAAAAAAAAAAAAGACUAUAUGGUAAGAUUUGGGGGAAACCGGGGAGAAUUUUCUAUGUGUUCUACUUAUGUAAAACAUAAAUAAAUAAAUGACAGAUGAUGCUUUGGAAUUUGA